CUCAAAAAAGGUACCAUGGCCAUGUCUCGACCCGAAAAUUUUGUUGAAACAACAGAAAGUUAUAUGGAUAGCAAAUCACCAAGCAAGAAGGCAUCUAAGGAGGUGGCACGUGAGUUGCUAAUUGCUAUCUCUAACUCUUUACCAGAUAAGAUUCUGGAUUCAAAUCUUGUGCCUGAAAGCAAGAAAGCAGAUGAGUUUGCAAUAGCAAACGGUGAUUGGGAUGACAAGUUUAGGUCUGAACUGAUUUCAAUUUCAUAUGCUGAAUCUCCCGAUGUCAAAUUCUGAUCAAUUACAAUGGGAGUCUAGACUCUAUAAGUGUUAAUAAUAUAUGUGGCACUCUUGGCCUGGCCUUUGUUGUGGUUGAAUUUCCGCUGCGCUAAUGUUAUGACUUCCCUGGUUAAACUGGAUCAGCUAUCCUGCAACUACAUGUAAGAUACUUUUACUCGUCGUAUGUUUGGUUUAUAUGUUGUAAAAAUGACAAACAGUUUUAUCUCUGUUUUAUGUUCGUUCAUGGAAAGUUCAAAAUGGAGAAUCUUAUUAUUCUCAUGUGUUAAAAUAAUACUAAAAUCUUGUGUUCAUUGUACAAUUGAGAGGUUUCAAAAAGUUCUGCUAGUGAGGGUUGGCUUAACUAG